UUAAAAGGAAAACGUAAAACAAUGUAGUAACUUGAGCUAUGGCUCACACAGUGGAGAAGUAGCCGUAGUUGUUAUGGACGAACACUACAUUUUCCUUUACAUGUCUCCGUGUUAAAUGUCCGAGCCUCGCUCAUUAGUUCAGCGUUAUAAUGUAGAAACAACUACAUAACUUCAGCUUAGACGCGGGACGGCCGGCACCGGGGGGACGCUUACCUUGUUGACAUCAUUCACACGCCUCGCCGCUCCUCUGUUAUGGAUCUUUGCCAAAGGAAAGUUGUGUUUUGGGAUUAUGAAAGGUCAGUCCUUUUGUAGUUAAGAGGACCAAAGGGAAGGCUAUGACAGCUGCCUAAAUGUGAAGUCUGCUCACACUUUGAAUGACUGACUGCUUGUCGCCAUGCCGAGCCAAACCACGUCCCCGCCGCUGGCGGUGACCGUGCUGGCCGCGCUGUGGGUCACUUUGGUCCGGUGCGAUGUCUCCGAGUCUCCGGGGCCGGGAUGUGACAAUGGAAAGCUCUAUCUGGAUAGAGACCUGCCUGCGGAUGCUGCUUUAUGGGACUGUGCAUUGUCUACCUGGCCAGAGUCUACUCAGAGUCUUCCCAGUAUUGACACAGUGUAUGAUCCUGAGCCAGCCAGGCAGAUCUGCAUGGAUAAAGCUAUUUCCUACAACCACUCCAUUCCCAACAGUGGAGCGUACAGGCCAGUAAUGGCAGAGAGUGGAGAGUACUUAUAUUGUCCUCCUCAACGGUGGCUCAAUAACUUGCACCAUGCAGCUACUGUUUUGCUCUACCAUCCCUGUGCUCCUCUCCAUGAGCGUCUACUCCUGUCUGUCCUGGCACGCUCCUGUCUGACAGACUACAUCAUUUCACCACAUCCACAGCUCAGCAAACACGCACCAAUAGCCUUGGUGGCCUGGGGUCGCACCUUGCAGCUGUCUACCGUGUCCUCUCCAGACGUCUGUGAUUGGCUGGAGAACACGACAUCCACAAGAAAUAAGUCGGGUGGCCCGAGCCGGAAGUAUGACCUGCUGUUAACCCAGUCAGCUGAGCAGCACCUGCAGCAACACGCACAUCCAGAGGAUGACUCAGCAAAAAUGAAGGAGUCUCUGAGACGAUGCUGCAAGCAGACCAUCUCUCCUCUGCUUAAUGGAGCAAUGAAGUCCAACAUGGGGAAGAAAGACUUGAAACAACUGAAAGAAGGCGGCAAAAGAAGGACGAUAAGAGCUGCCUUACAGAGUAACAGAACCACUCUCAACAGGACAGAAGACGUCCAGAGCUACAACAGCUCACUUGGACCAUCAGCAGAUUCUCAUCCAGGGAACAGAACUCUCUCAGAUCCUCCUGGUCCAAGGGAAGUGUCUUCUCAGUCAAUGAUCCAAAAUAAGAAUCAGAGCCUUACACCCAGACCCACAACUUCUUUGGGGUCAAAUGAUUCUUUAGGAUUUGGGGCUGGUUUGCAUGUUCUUGCAGAUGGUGUGAACAGUGAACAGAAGCAUACUGCUAGGAUUGAAGCCCUGGCCCACAGCUCCAAAGAUGAAGGUACAGACUCUGUUAAACACCACGUGAAAGAGGACUUCUCCAAAGAGAAACACUCAGCAGAUGGCACGAUGAAAGAUAAUGAAGUAGUAGAUGUGAAAGAGAGAGAGUUGGAGCAUAAGCAAACACUCAGUGACACACACUCUCAUGACAAAAGUGAAAAGACUAGCUUUGAUUCUGUUUCCAAAUCCCAAUCAGAGUCUCCGGCCCAGCCUCAGCAACACCCAAAUCCACAGCCAGCCACUUAUCCACCGAACAAACAUGACUAUGAUGGCUGUGAAGAAGGCAAACGCUGUGAAUACAACAAUUCUGGGGCUGAGGCCCGAGCCUCUGUGGUGAAUAUGGGGGUGCUGAGGACCCGGAGGACAGACGAGGCUGUGUGGGCGGCAGCGGCACUGGGCUUCCUGCUGGUUCUCCUGACGCUGUCGGUGCUUCACACACGCCUGUACCGCUACUGGAGGACCACACCUAGUCUUUAUUGGCACGACCCACAGCAGGACUACGACAGCGUGGCAGACGUGAUCCGCAGGAGGCUACGGAUUGCAAAGAGGAGGCGGAAAAGGGGAAGAAGACAGGAGUGUGUUCUUCUGCCCAGCUCUUCCAGCUCAGAUGAACAUCCAUAGAAAAAUGAAGGAAACGUCCUCAAGAAUGUCAAGAAUGCACCCAAGCAUCACUGCAUGUAGAGGAUUUGAGACUCAUUUUUAGUCUAGCAUUCCCCAUAAUCAUACUAUCCAUACACCAUUUAUAUAGUAUUCAGUGUGUCGGACGUGUCAUAUAGAUAUAGAGCUGGAUCACCGCCGUCAAAAAAAAGAUGUUGCUGGAUAACAUGAAAGCUGAAGCUGAAAUACAACAUCAGAUCCGUUGUCCAAAUUGAUUGGGUAUGGUGUGAUUCCAUAGAGGUCUUCACUCAUUGGUUGCAUAUAGAUUAUUUAGAAUAGUACCAUCUAUUUCUCACAGCAGGAGAACAGAAAUACAUUUUUUUGACCAUUGAAAAUGCACCAGAACACAGAGGUAAAUGAUUUGUUAACAGGAAGCUAGUGCAUUUUUAUGUAAGCAUGUGCAACUCUCAUGAGUCAUGUGGUACUGGAUCAGUCAUUUAAAGCCCAGGGACCUCCCUGUAAACAUUACAAAGAGAAUCCCUCACGUUGUAUUUCACGACAUGCAAACUUGAUAUAUUUGUACGACUACUUGUCGUACAAAUACGUCUGAUUAUACUCUGCUACACAUUGCACAGUGUUCACACCUCAUCAUGCUCUCUCCAUGUGUUAGAAUCAAUAUCAAAUCUCCAGUUCUGGCCUGCGUUCAUUUUGUCAUAUCUUUUGUUUCCAUAAGUAGUUUUACAGUAACCUGUGAAGGUUGUGUAUGUGAAUAUGUAAGUUGCUGUUCUAAGCAACGCUGUGUGCUGUAUGUGUUGUCAUUCCAUGGUACAGACGUGAAGAGCUGUUAUCUGAAAGUUUUUUUUGGACAGACUUUAGAGAAAGACUUGCAAAGACAAUAAAUUCUUUGACAUAAGUGUUGAGUGUUGUUUGAAACUGAUGACCUCUGACCAGUUAUAGCCAGACCAAUAACUGGAUUUUCGAGGCUGAUGCCAACAUCAAUAUUUGAGAGGCUGACAACAUAUUGGCUGACAAUUUUGGUAAAUAUAAUGGAGACUAAAGAACCUCAAACACAAGCGUAAUGUGGUUUGUAGGACCGGCUCAACAAAGCAAAAGAAUUAGAUUUAGCUUCCUUUAAGGGUAAAAGAAGAGAAGAACUCUAUUAUAAUACAACAAUAAAAAGUUGUUUUUCCACCCUCUCUGAUAAUGUACAAGUUAGUACUGUAUUGUGGAGUAAGCACAGUUUUAGUCACUGCACUGAUCUGUUUGAUUAGGCUUGUUUUGCCCACAGCAUGUCCCUUGUGUGUCAGUGUUUAUGUUCAUGCAUUGAGAACAACACUACUUGAACAACAUCGAGGGGAGUGUUUUUCUUUGUUCAGAAACGUAUGCUUUACAGGCUCAUACACGUCAUUAUUUUUUAUUUUUAAAAAUGAUUUUUUUGGCCUUUUAUGAUAGGAUAGCUGAAUAUAGACAGGAAGCAGAGAGAGGGGGAGUGAGAUGCAGUAAAUUAGCCGUCCGAUGCGGGAUUCGAACCGGGGCCAGCUGCAGCGAGGACUAUAGCCUCCACACACGGGGCGGCCGCUUAACUCACUAUGCUACCAACUGCCCCAUGUCAUUAUUUUUAUGUGUAUUGUCAGGUUGUUCAUUUAAACUUGCAAAAAAGUGAGAUUUAUUUUGCAGUCUACUCAGACUCUCCCACCCCCUCAUACCCACUCCUGAACUUCAUUGGAUGGUUUGCAAACACGUCACAGCACAUUGUCAUUUGUAGAAAUAAAAAAUGUUAAGGGAGGGUUAACGGCGUGUAAAUCAUCAAAAAUGUGACUCAGUGUUGUUAUCUUGGAAGAAAAGUAUUUAAGAAAAAUGUGCAAACAUUAAAUUCAGGGAAAAACAACAAUGUGUGUUAAUGGCAUGAAAUAAUUCAAACCUUUAAUUCAGGCAUCAGGACACAGGAUUUCUGACUUGUGUACCUUAUACCAACUUAUCUUUAAGUACCUCACCAUGAUUCAGUUUUUCUUUUGGCCCUUAAUACUGAACGGUUUGGAUACUUGCCCCUGACACGCUACAGAAAACUAAAUACUGAGAGCAAGACCCAAAUGCAGACAGACCCACCACUUGUUUUACUAUUUUAUUACAAAUGUACAGCUUAUGAGUUUCCAUUACGAUUGACCUUUUAAGUCCUUGUUUUCUCUACUUUAUACAGUUUUUUAACUUCUGUUAAAAGAUAACUCUCCCGUUACCCAUCUCCCAAAGUGUAGAGCUGUGAAGAAACACAGGGACAGCAACAGUACACGCCACAGUGCACUGCCAAUGGCUGAGUAUCAGAAGUGUGUGUGUAUAAUUCACUGGCUGCAAAUUUAAUGUUUGUACUUGUAGAAGGCUUGGUCCAACUCAUAAGUUGAGGGUGUGUGUUUCAUGUUGGAAAUGAUGUGCUGAAUGAUGAAAGGUGUAUAAAGUUGUGUUGGACAUGAACCGACGGAAGCGUUUAACAUUCAUACUAGAGGCACCCUAUGUAGUGUCCAACUCGGGGAAGGUCUGGGCCAUGUGCAUUUUUUUUUUCAGACCUUCCCCUCGCCAUUUUUGAGAUGACUGUAGUGCUAAGCCGAAGUGCGCUUCAGACCAUUCCUAUUGCCCCAUCCCGAAUCAAACCCUGCAUCCUGCACCUAAUGUACUUGGACUAAGACCUUUGGGAGAGUACAGUACAUAAUGUAGAUCCUACUCCACCAAGCUGGUGUUUGAAAAUAGUGCAACUUAGACCACGCUGUUGAGUAAUCGCCUACAUCAAACAGUUGUCCUCGCUCCUCGCUUAUUGUGGAUUCUGGUAGGAUCAUUAAUAUGUACAAUAUAACUACAUAAAGGGGGGAGGGGUAAUACCACAGCAUAACCAUACUUACAAGACUUCAAAUAUCUAGAAGUACACUGGUGUCAAGACUAGAGAGCUGAAUGAAGAUUGGGUGAAUAGAUCCCGCAGCCUGAAGCCCACUUGGGCUAACAAAUAGACAUAAAUAUCUUGCAGACAAACAAAACCCUAACAUAUAGCUUAAUAUAAAAUAUAGCAUGAAAAUAUAUGUUCAUAUAUAUGGCUCUAGUCUAAAACUUGGGCAUUCAUGAUUGGAGGGACAAGCUUUUACUGCUGGCCCCACAAUAUGUGUGUGUGUGUGUGUGUGUGUGUGUGUGUGUGUGUGUGUGUGUGUGUGUGUGUGUGUGUGUGUGUGUGUGGAAGCAUAGCUGUGGUUCCAGUGGUCAGUACAUCACUGUAACUCAGCCAAUCAAACAGGAGAUGAUGAUAAUUAUGAGGAUGAUGAUGUCCAAAGGCAUUCAAUAGCAAACAAUGAUACAUUUCAUGAGUCUUCUGGACACAAUUUGUUUUGACAGGGAACAGAGCAAACAAUCUAACCUUCCCUACCGUGUUAGAGACUGAGGAACACUGACAGUGAGAGACCUCGAGUGAUGAUAAAAGAAGGAGGGAGGGGGAACAAACCACAAGAAGAGUGGACAGAGAAGUGCUGAAGGUGGUCUAGCGUCAAUCUCUCAAAGUGUUUGGGGCUAAUUAAGGUCUAAUUGCUUCUUGCUAAAAAGGCAGCAAUACAAGAAAAGAAAAGAAAAAAAAAAGAUUGAGAUGCAACUGCCGUGUGAAGGAUGAGGUCAACGUUUGAGUAAAUUUUAUGUGCAGAGGGCCUUCUAAGCACUGAGUAUGCUUUUAGAAUUGACCAAUGCAAGAACAAUGACCGGUUAAAGCCACAAACACUUUGAGAAACCAGCGACAGAGUCAUUGGAGAAGGGUUAAAGUUGAAUCUAAACUAGAAGAGGACGGUCCUCGUGGCAGCUAGGAAAGACUUUUUUUUUUUAGGUCCCAUCUGCAUCCUUUUGUUACAGAUAUGACCAUAUUUGUUCGGCACAGUACAACAAGCUUUAAAACCUACAGUAGGCCUAAGUGCGCUUUCUUUUUGAAAAAAAUUAAAACAAACAAAAAAAAAAACAUCUUUGUUCCCAAUGUUGUCUCCCCAUUCGCAGAGUUCAGAGACAGUGAGCUAGAAGUGACAACUUCUGUGGCCCAGAUCAGCAGGCCGUGACAAAGAAUCAACCGGAAAAAAAAAACACAACGUGGGCUUGAUUGUGCUUGCCAGAAGAAGAAAAAAAAAAGAAAAAAAGUGAAAAUAAUACAUGGCAAACUACAUCAAGCACACUUGAGGUGGCUAAAUCCAUUUCAAACGAGCAUGUCUUCUCCAAUGAAAUAAUGCGACGAGUAUCUUUCACCAUAUUUGCUUUCCAGGUUGCGAGAUCUGGCGCUUUUCCACAGGACUACUUAAAGCUGCAACAUACCAGCAUGUGUAUCAACUUAAAUGUGACUGAACCACUUUUUCUUUUUUUUUUUCUUUUUUUCCUUUUCUUCUUUUUAAAAACAUGCAAAUAAUGGCUGCUGUGUAAUACAAGCACCCAGGGAGCACACCCACCAUGUAAAUAACAUAUUGCUUUAAAAGCAAGACCGGGUGGAGGAGGGUAAGGUUUAUAUACUCAUACACAAACUUGCCGAACGAUUUUAUUGUCCUGCUUGGCACGGCAAAAAAUGAAUACGGGAUUGAUUCUGAGAUGAUUCCACUGGCUCUGUUAAAUGAGGCAAUUUUGUGUAGAUCAAGCCCAAACAGACAGCUCAGGAUGCAUGAAAAGAGCGUUUUGAUCCAGGUCCUGUCAUAAUGUACCAAGGGGCUUUCCCAUCUGACAGAAAAAACUAA